AUGCCCUUGCUCCAAGGAAGGCUUGUGACCUGUGCCACCUCCCGCUGGGCUCUCCCAGGCCUAGCCAGCGCUUCUCGCGGCGCAAUUCGGCCUCGGCUCAAGACGUCGACCCUGGCCAGGAUCCCGAGCGUGCUCUCCCGACGAUGGUACGCCGUCGACCUCCCGGCCCUCGAUGAGAAGUGGCGCAAGCGAUGGAAGGACGCUGAAGAUGCUGGAGAUGCUGGAGAUGCUUCCGCGAAGCAGGUCGACGGCCAACACAGCCACUAUGUCCUCCCCAUGUUCCCGUAUCCCUCCGGCACGCUCCAUCUUGGCCACCUCCGGGUCUACGCCAUCGCCGACGUCGUCGCCCGCUUCCGAAAAUUGAAGGGUGAAAAUGUCAUGCUUCCCAUGGGAUGGGAUGCCUUUGGACUUCCCGCGGAGAACGCCGCGCUCGAGCGAGGAAUUGACCCUGGGAUCUGGACCAGGAGCAACAUCGCUAAGAUGAAGGAGCAGCUUGGGGUGAUGAACGGCAGCUGGGAUUGGGAUCGUGAGCUGACGACAUGCGACCCCGAAUUCUACAAACACACCCAGAAGCUCUUCCUCAUGCUGCACGAACGCGGCCUUGCCUACCAGGCCGAAGCCGAGGUCAACUACGACCCCGUCGACAAGACCGUCCUUGCGAACGAACAAGUGGACGCCAAUGGCUUCUCGUGGAGGUCUGGGGCCAAGGUCGAGAAGCGCAAGCUCAAGCAAUGGUUCUUCCGCAUCUCCGAGUUCCGCGACGCCCUCCUCGAAGACCUCGACGCCCUCGCCAAGGACAAUGCCUGGCCGGAGCGAGUCCUCACCCAACAGAAGAACUGGCUGGGCAAGUCGACUGGCGCCGCAGUCAAGUUCCCCAUCCUGGCCAUUGGCCACGACAUCAAGGCUGCCAUUGAGGUCUUCACCACUCGCCCCGAUACCCUCUUCGGCGUUCAGUAUCUCGCCCUCGCAGCCAGCCACCCCAUUGUGAUUGAGCUGGCCAGGCAAGACCCGGAACUCCAAGCCUUUAUCGAUACAGUACCCGGGCUGCCCGCGGACUCCAAGGUGGGCUAUCUCAUGCCACACCUGCGGGCUAUCAACCCGCUAGCCUACCACGAAGAGACCCCCCCAGCGACCAAGGUGUCUCUGCCAAUUUACGUGGCCCCCUAUGUUCUGGGCGACUACGGUGAGGGCGCUGUCAUGGGUGUCCCUGCCCAUGAUCCUCGCGACCACGCUUUCUGGAAAGAGCACCACUACGACCAGCCCGUUCGCCAUGUCCUUGCCCCUUCCGAAGACGGCGCAACAUUGCCCAUGGAGAACGCCCCCUUUGUUGAGCACGGCAUCAUGACGGAGCACAGCGGCACUUUUAAGGGGAAAGAAUCCGCGGCUGUUGGCAAGACGAUCGUCAGCAUGCUUGAGGCCGCCGAACUCGCCAAGCCUGUCGACAAGUGGCGACUCCGAGACUGGCUCAUCAGUCGCCAGCGAUACUGGGGCACCCCGAUCCCCAUCAUCCACUGCGACUCGUGUGGCCCUGUUCCCGUUCCCGAAGAGCAGCUCCCCGUCGAGCUCCCCGAAGUCGACGGCCACUGGACCGAGGGCCGCACCGGUAACCCCUUGGACUCGACGCCCGACUUUGUCAACACAACAUGCCCCAAGUGUGAGGGCCCUGCCCGCAGAGAUACCGACACCAUGGAUACAUUUGUUGACUCGAGCUGGUACUAUGCCCGCUUUGCAGACCCUCAUAACAAGGAGCAGCUCAUCUCGCCCGAAGCGGGCAAGACGCUCCCCGUGGACACAUACCUCGGCGGCAUCGAGCACGCCAUCCUCCAUCUCCUCUACGCCCGCUUCAUCUACAAGUUCCUCGCCACCACCCAUUUACUCCCGCAGUACUCGGAAGAGACCUCGCACUCCGCAGAGCCCUUCAAGCGGCUCAUCACCCAGGGCAUGGUCCACGGCAAGACAUUCAUCGACCCGACCAAUGGCAAAUUCCUCAAGCCCGACGAGGUUGAUCUUUCCGACCCCGCCUCGCCUCGCGUUCUGGCCACGGGUGACAUCGCAACCAUUGCCUACGAGAAGAUGUCCAAGUCCAAGUACAACGGCGUCGACCCUACCGAAAUCAUUGCCCGGUACGGCGCUGAUGCCACACGCGCCCACAUGCUCUUCCAAGCCCCUGUUGGUGAUGUGCUGAACUGGGACGAGGGUAAGAUCUCGGGCGUCACUCGUUGGCUCCAGCGGCUGCACGAUCAGAUCACCGCUUUAGCCAAGGAGACCACCACUGGCGAGACGUCCGCCAAGGACUACCUCAUGGCUAAGCACGGGCGGCUCGGCUCGAUGGAUGCCAAAGAGCUUGCGCAAUGGGACGCCGAGACGACCAUCUGGAGGGAGGUUCAGCGCGCCAUUGCCUCAGUGACGACCUCAUACGAGGAAGUCUACUCUCUUAACACGGUCGUGUCCGACCUGAUGAUCCUCACCAACACCCUCAUCAGCAACUCUGCUGCUAGCCCUGCCAUCAAGCGCGAGGCUGCCCGCAUCAUCAUCACCAUGAUGGCGCCCAUCACGCCCGCCUACGCCGAGGAGUGCUGGAGCACCCUUUACCCCGGCGACGCCUCCGUCUUCCGGCCGGCGGCGUUCCCCACCCCUGACCCCUCCGUCGCCGAGUUCCUCCGGCCCCGGCACCAGCCAUGCGCGGUUCAGAUCAACGGCAAGUUGCGCGGCGUAGUAAGCAUCCCGCCGCCGCCACCGGAAUUACAGGGCGAUGCGCUGCGCGACUGGAUGGUGGACCAGAUCCUCGCGACUGAGGAGGGCGCUGCGCGUUUCGCUGAUGGGCCGUACAACCUCCAGUCAGCGAAGCGAGCUAUUCCUGUGAGGGGGGGUAAGACGAUCAACUUUGUACUUUGA